GCCGCGCGACCACGCCGCCAAGGGAGUCGGCAUCCUAGGGGCGCAUCCGGAGAGCGUCCCUAAGUCCUUGUUAGCAAUCCGUCCUAGACCGAGGGCGCGGUGACCCACCCCAUGGUGGACCUCCCGGCGCUAGAGAUCGGAGCGACCAACGCGGGAGACACCGCCGACACUGCCAUUCCGGACGUGAUUGUCGUGGAAGAUGACGUCGACAUCACGCCUCCCUUCCUAGUUGGUCCAGGUACGGGGUCGUCCGUCAAGGCAGCGAAUGGAUCCCCCGUGGUGAUGGACGUCCAGGAACGCGAGCCCGCCGUGUCAACCGUGUUGCAAGCUGUGGAUGCGACUCCGCAGUCCCCCGCACCGGCAGAGGCCAAAAUGCGGGAGGCCGCCACCGCUGCAGGUCCAGCCCCAGAGCAAUUUGUAGAAGAAACGCUGGGGUCUCCAGCCACGCCCGCCCAAAUCGACGAGCAAACCGUGGGGGAGCCCCCGAAAUCCCCUCUGAUGGUGGUGACCGAAGAACUGGAGUCCACACCCGCGGCUGAGUCCCAGCCGAGGCCCGAUGCUGGGAUGGCCCCACAGUCCCCGACGGCAAUGAUGGUUGAGGAGGGCGUGAACGCUGAGGACCCGCCCCUUGUGGAAGUCGAGAUGCCUAGCUCCGCCACGCCGAUGAUGACAACAGCACCGUCCCCCACAGCCUCGACUGGUCCACCCGUGACCGCCAAGGUCGUGCACGGCGGGCUCACGGCCGCGGCAACCAGCGUGCCGUCUCUCUCGGAGCCCCAAGUGGCGGUGAUGGCCUCGGCGGUGGUGACAUCUAUGGUGGCGGUGGCGUCGCCAAGUGGCACACGCGCUCAGUCGGCAGACAACACCCAGACCGAGGCACCUGCGGGCAUGCCCGUAGGUGGGAAUGCAGAUAUCCUGCCCUUGGCCUCGCCUACCGGGUCCGGGACGGACUCCGUUCAGAGUGGCAGGAGCUCGGGGCAGGUCUCGCGUCCGUGGGUGUUCCAGUGCCGGGAGAUCGAUUGGGGACGGCUCAACAAAGUGUCGGUCGACCAUAUGAAGGCGAUGGCGGUCCACGCCAAAGCGACGACUGAGCACGCGAAGAUGCUAUCUGACCAGGCGAAAAUGGUGCGCUUUAUCCUCGGCCCUGUGCUGGUGGAGAUGCAACUCAGGGAUGGGGAACGCCUCAGGUUGCAAGCACGGGAGCGUGAGCUGCUGGAGGAGAACCGGAAGGCACGGGAGGACCCGGCGUCGGCCCUCCGAGCCUUGGAGGAUGAGCGGUGGGCCCGGGCGGCAGACCACAAUAUGACGAACCAGACGCUGAACGAUGUCCUCGCACAGUCGGCACUCCUUCGCGAGGAACGCGAAGCCGCCGUGCGGGAACGGGACGCUGCGGUCCAGGGUCCAGGUGUGGCCGUCCAAAGUCGGGACCUCGUCAUAGCAGAACAUGACACCGCCACGGCGGAGCGCGACACUGCCGUGGUGGUCCAAGAGCGUAACGCCGCGGUGAGGGACCGCGACACCGCCAUCCAGGACCGCGACGCCACCCUCCAGGAAUGGGCCGUCGCCCUAAACACUGUGGAGGAGGCGCAGGAAAGGGAGAAAGUUGCACUCUCGAGCGCCCAGACCUCCCGCCGCGAGUCGGAGGAUCUCGCCCAGGAGCUCACCCGGGUCAAGGAUCGCCAGAAGGAGGCGGAGACCACGGUGGCCUCGAUGGCUGUGGUGGUGGCACAGCUUCGUGCCUCGCAACAGCGAGCAGAGGCUACUACGGAGGAGGUUCGUCGACUGGCCGAGUCGAAAGUGCAGAAGGCAAAGGAGAUGCUCGAGCUCGAGGCUUCGCGCCUCGAAACCCUCCGGCAUGCUCCGGAGCUCGUUGCAUCUACCUUUGGUGAGGAUCCCGACGGCAAUCCCCAGCGACUCGGGGCGCAGCUCCUCAGGAUCGUAGAGGGGGUGCACGCGGAACUCCAGGCGGCUCGCAACGAUGCCGAGACUGCGCGCCAGGGCGCCGAUGCCGCGCGCCGGGACGCCGACAUUGCGCGCCAGGGCACCAAAGCAGCGCGCCGAGAAGGAACGUUCCUUGUGGCGCAGCGCGCGUUCGCCGUCGCGCGGAGCCGCUACAUCGACAUCACCCUGGAUGAGCUGAGCCAAGGGUACCCUACAGACUACACCGAGGAGGAGCUGGAAGCCUUCGAAGAGGAGGUCGCCCCUUUCUCCCAGACUCUGGCGGACAGGAUGCAGGCGGAACGCGAUGAGCAGUAGUUGGGUUAAUCACGGUCGGGUGGAACUUUAUCUUUGUCUGUAAAUAUUCGUUUGACAAAAACUCUGGUCAGGUUUUUAUCUAUGCUCGUUUUGCUUUGGGUUUU